UCACGAUUGUAACACGUGUCUUUCUCAACGUUCCAUUUCUCUUGAGAUUGUACAGUGAUACGACGCAUGGGAAUGUAGAUAGUGAAGUGACAGUAACUACACCCAUCAACAAUGGUUCGAAGUAGGAUCAAGUGGAAGUGCGUCAUAAUAUCAUACAUACUACUAUUCAACGUGUUCACGAAAUCUCUGCCCCUGGAUUUGCAAAUAUUUUCGCUUCCUGCAACUGAUCCCGUUUUAAGAACUUCGGUAGUUCCUAGUGUACAUACAGCUGUAGAAGAGUUAGUUGAAACAUUUAGUGAAGCAACAGUUCAAAGUAAAAAUGUAACUAAUCAGAGAGUGUCUGCGAAUGAGAAUAAAAAAGGCGUAUCCAGACAUGCCAGACCUGAUCAAAGAACAAAACAAUAUGCUGUUGAAAUAACAAUUGAUGGGAAUGCCUUCAAGGGGCGUGUUGCACUUGUAGUGAACUUUAAUUACUCGAUCUAUGAUGAUUCUAUCGUCUUAUAUGCUGAAGAUCUGAUUAUCGAUACUGUAAAAGUAGGAAUUCAUGGCGCUGCGCAAGCCGUUGAAGUCGAUUUCGUUCAUGAUAAUGGUAAACUGGAAUUUAAACCAAAGGAUGAGGCUUCAAGCUUUGAAGUGAUUAUUGUUUAUCGCGGAAAAUUGAUGACUGGUGCACGAGGACUUUUCAAGGGUCGUUACGAUGAACACACUUACGUGGGAAUGAAUUUGCAUCCAACAUAUGCAAGGCAUGUGUUCCCAUGCGUGGAUGAACCAGAUGUACCUGCAGCAGCCACUUUCAUGUUUAACAACAUGCAAUACAGCAACAUACUGGCCAACUCUAUGCUAAUGGAAAACAGUCAGAACGAAUUCCGCACACUAACAGGACCGCUCCACGUUUGGGGUAUGAUAGCCCAUGACUUCGUUAACAUCAACAUUCCGACUACCAACGUCAUGCUGAUCGGCAGACCAGGACUUUCCAACCAGGACAGUCAGGCUUCCAUAGCCAUCAACACUUAUUUCAACAACUUGAAUGAGUGGACUGGGAAGUCUUAUCAAGAGAUAAUAGUGGAUCAAGAUGGGAGAAUGAAUAUCAUAGCGUUGCCAGAUGUUUCUACAGAUUGGAAUUCUCUUUCUAUUGUUGGUAUUUGGGAACCCUACGUGUUCAUGGAGGCAACUCAUUCAAUAAAGCAGAGGAAAACAGCACUAAUCAAGAUAGCUGAAGGAAUGUGUAGCCAAUACUUUGGUUACGUGAUCUUCCCAGAGAACUGGAGGUUCCAAUGGGUGGUGUCAGGCCUGUCUACGUAUAUGGCCUAUGAGAUGAUGAGAAUGUUCCAAGGAGACGUAAGCACAGACGUGAAUCAAAUAGACGUGAACGCUAUAUUCGUGACUGAAGUGAUUCAAGAGGCGUUACUGCAAGAUGCCUAUUCAUCGGCUGCAGUACUCCAACCUGGAGAAAAUAUAGAUGACCAAGAUGCUAUCAGAGGUCACAUUAAUGGAGUCCUCAAAUACAAAGCUCCAGCACUGAUGAGAAUGAUGAGAUUGGUCCUUGGAGAUGAAGAUACUGAUUUCAUUCAAAUAGCUGCGAGUGCGUUACUUAACCGAGCGCCUCUACAAGCAGUCAACUCGGUGAGCUUCAUAAGCGCUCUGAACAGUGAGUUCCUCGGCAACAAUAACGGGAAUGUAGAAAAUAUAGAGGAAUACUUAGAACCUUGGCUAUUUAACAAUGGAUACCCUCUUAUACGCGUCGAUCUGCGACCAGGAAUUGGUGUCUUCCUUUCUCAGGAGCGGUUUGGUUUCGCCAAUCAGCAACAUAUCAACUAUAAUAUUCCAAUCACGUACACCACCAGCCGGGAAUUCAACUUUGAUGCUUCUAGAACAUACCCUGUAGAAAUGAUGGACAAUAGUUUAAGUGUUCCCAUGACACUGGAUGAGGAAGACUUUGUACUCUUCAAUAUUCAAGGACAAGGUUACUAUCGCGUCAAUUAUGACGAUGCACUUUGGGAAAGAAUUAUUGAGGCUCUAGAAGAACCGGAGAUCAGGGAUAGAAUUCAUCCACUCAACCGUGCUACGCUAGUAGACGAUGCUCUCAAUGUAGCGAGGAAGGGCAUCCUGGACUAUGAAAUCGCGUUCCACGUUGUUCUAACCAUGGAACAUGAGACCGAGUAUGCAGUAUGGAAAGCUUUCGUCAGAAACAUGGAGUUCUUGAGGAAGCGUCUAGUGGCUCUCGUUGAUGAUGAUGAAGAUUUAGAUCCUGACAUUUAUUUGAGAAUGGUCCGUCGAACCGUGGGUGGUGUAGAAAGAGAACUUUCAUUUAAUCCUGAUGUAACUCUGACGGAGCCAGUAAUGUCGUCACUCACUAGAGGCCUGGUAAUGGACCAUGCAUGCAGAGCGAGGUACCAGCCUUGCAUAGCUGCUGCUGUUGACUGGUUCUAUGAUCCGAACAACAAUGAUGUCGUAAAUCCGAACAUUCCUCACGAUAUCAGACCUGCAGUAUACUGUACUAUGGUUAGGGAGGGAGGUGAAGAAGUCAGAGAUGCUCUCUUUGAUCGACUCGAGAUUGAACCAACCCAUUACGAGAGAGUCGUAAUCUUGGAAUCUCUGGGUUGCUCGCAAGACUCCGGCUUCAUUCAAGGGUACCUGGCAGAUACCGUAAACGCAAACAGUCCGUACCUUGCUGAGGAACGAGUCAAGAUCUUCCGUGCUGUGGCAGAGAGCAGUCAAAGCAAUGCCCUGUUGGCUUACCAACUCAUUUCCACAAGGACCGCUGAUGUUAGAAGAAUGUAUGGUGGUCCCGAAAAACUUGAAGAAGUGAUAUUCGCCCUCGCUGACAACGUCGUUGGAGAAGAUUUUAUUAGAUUCUUCCGAGAAUGGGUGAAUUCAAACUCGAAUCAGUUGGAUGAUUCUGAAGGAGCAGCUCUAAGGGCUUUCGAACAAGUAUUGCAAAACGAGCAAUGGGAAAACAACCAAAUGAUGGACGUAUAUGAAUGGAUCGAUGAAAACCACGCCCCUACCCUAAUGCUGUCCUUUACUGCACUCCUAGUGUCCGUAGUUGUAGCUUUUCUAAAUAAUUAAUUAGUUUAAAAAUAUAAUUUUAAGUCGAUUUGAAAAAUUACUAGGAUUAAGUUGUAAUUAUUAUUUAGAUUCUAGAAAAAAAAACUCUACAAUACAAGCUAUAAUAGGUUAAGAGCACAAAUUAAUCAAAGUUUAACAUUUAAUAUAUUUAGAUAGAUAGGUAGAUAAGAAUGCCUGUAUGAAUCGAUUAUUCGGAAACGUAAACUCGAUAGUAUCUCGAUAGAUAUUAUUCGUAGUUUUGGCUUUUUGUUCGAAUACAAAUCGAUACAGAUACACUAAAGCGUAUUCGAUAAAUUAUAUCGAUUAUGUAUUCGAAUAAGCCACAAUGAUCACAUCUUACUACAUCUAUUGUAAUGAGAAUGUUUGACAAAUGUGUGAAUUUUAUUCAAUAAUUUAUAUUUUAUUAUCUUAAUAAAUAUUUUAUUUUAGGUAGACCAAAAUUGCACAAAGUGAAUUAUUUUAAACUAUUACUUUUAGAAAAAAUGUAAUCGACUAGAAUAUAGAAUUUAAAUUUUAAAUUAAUUUAUUUAACCAGAAUUAUACAAAAAUAUUAAUUUACUUAGAAUUAUUGGUGAGAAUUAUAUAUCUUUAUUUGAUAAGCUGUUGAAAGUAAUUAUUAA